CACAGUUCGCACCGAUUAACGCGAAAAUCCCUGUUUAACAAAAACGAUAGGUUUUCAGACAACCUUUCAGAUACCUCAGACCCGUCUAACAUGGUAAGACAUGUUGGCACGGCAGUCUAUUUGUCAUUAACAAAAUAACAGCCAAAGAAGAAGAAUUCUGCGGAACCGGAAGCAUCUGCUAUUAACUCUUUUUUAUAGUUUGCCUCUGUUGUUUGGAAUGAGGAGGAUGGGUCCAGAAAUCCCGAAAUGGUUUAUGAUACUUAGUGUUUGUUGGCUGUAUAAAGGUGUGACUUGUAAUUCUGUUGAGCAGAAGAUCUAUGUUGCACUCAACAACACAGUCCCCUGUGUUAGGCUGCUGAAUGCCACACAUCAGAUUGGCUGCCAGUCACUGAAAUCAGGUAGCACUGGAGUACUGCAUGUGCUCCAGUCAGAGGCUGACCUGGACUGGGUUCUCAGCACUGGACCCCACCCUCCAUAUAUGGUCUUUAUGGAGGCAUCUUUUUUCAAUAAUGUAACUAUGAUGAGGUUGAAAAACUCUACCAGGGUAGCAGGGGUGGCUGUGGUGAUUCCAAACACUGGUCCUGCUCAGGGGUAUUCUCCUCACACGGGCUGCCCCAACCAGAACACAGGUGUGUAUUCAGAGAAGUAUGGCCCUCUCCUAGCAAAUUGUAACAACACCGUUUGGAACCCCCUGGGCAAUGGCCUGUCCUAUGAGGACUUUCGUUUCCCCAUCUUCUCUCUUAAGGAUGAUAAUGAAACCGAAGUCAUUCGCAAGUGCUUUGAGGAUCAUAAUGUAGCGGCGAAUGGGAGUGCUCCUCAGUAUCCACUCUGUGCUAUGCAACUCUUCUCUCAUAUGAGCGCAGUUAUAGACACACCGACCUGCAUGAGACGUAACCACCUCCAAAACAGCUUCAGUAUCAACCCAGAUAUGGUUUGUGAUCCUCUGAGGGAUUAUAAUGUGAUAGCAUACCUUCGGCCUGUCAAUACCUCAACCAAAGGCCAUAAAGCCAACGAAAGUGUGGUUAUUGCAGCAACAAGAUUGGAUGGAAGAUCUUUCUUCUGGGACAUUGCCCCUGCAGCAGAGGGUACGGUGGCUGGAUUUGUAACUCUGCUGGCUGCUGCCCAUGCAUUGUUUCCUGUGGCUCAGGAAGUCCCGCCCCCUCGCAAUAUUCUCUUCACUUUUUUCCAAGGGGAAACCUUUGAUUACAUCGGCAGCUCUCGUAUGGUGUAUGACAUGCAAAACAAGAAAUUUGAAAUCGACCUGGAUAAUGUCCACUCAGUGCUUGAGUUAGGACAGGUUGGGUUAUGGAAUCGUCAGAAACUUUGGAUGCACUCAGACCCCAUCUCAAGGCUUAACAGCAGCGUGGAAGAGGAGGUUGGGAAUUUGGUGAACAACAUCAAGUUUGUUGCCUCCCAGAUGAAUCUCUCAGUGGAAGAACCCUCUGUCAGUCAAGCUUUACCGCCCUCCUCUUUUCAGCGUUUCCUUCGAGUUCGACCAGUCCCCGGUAUUGUGAUUGCAGACCACGAAGCAGCUUUUGUUAACAGGUACUAUGAAAGUAUUUAUGACAAUGCUGAGUACCUCAAUGUGGCCUACCCAUCCAACAUGAGUGAGGCGGAACAGCUGGAUACUGUGACUGACACUGCCAGGUCUCUUGCAGAAGCGGCUACACUAGUUGCGCGUUCGCUAUAUAAGCAGGCAGGAGGGAGUGACCCUCUUCUCAGUAAUAUUACCGCUGACCCCAAAAUAGUGACUCAACUGCUCUAUGGAUUUUUAAUUCAGCCUAACAACAGCUGGUUUAGGGCUUUGUUUAGGCCAGACCAUCAGCAGGUCCUUAAAGGAGUUCAGUCUAAUUAUGUGGGCGUGCGGAUGCCGGAGAACGCAGUGAAGGAAUCAACUUUACUCUUCCAGUACAUUUUGGCUAAUCUAACCGGCAAGGCAACCAAUCUUACACAGAGCCAAUGCCAGAACCCUUCUGACUUGCCAGAGGAAAGCAAAGAUCUCUACUCCUACAUGUGGGUCAAAGGACCUGUCUCAGCCAAUGAAACAGAAGGAAGCCCUUACUGUGUACGAGCUUCAACCCGUUUACAUGAGGCGUAUUCUCCGGCCUUUUUGCUCAGCGACUAUGCAUCUAAGGAGUAUUCCACAUGGACAGAGUCACGUUGGAAAGUGAUUAAAGCGCGGAUCUUUCUAGUGGCCAGCCAAGAGUUAGAGAUGUUGACGUUGGGAGUUGGUGUGGCUGUGUUACUGGUGUCUCUUUUGGUGACGUAUUUCAUGAGCUCAAAGGCAGAAAUCUUGUUUAGCUCCGCCCGUGAGACCUCAACCACUACCUACUGAAUGGAUGCAGAAACCAGAACAUAUUCACACAAAAAAUCUCUAAAUCUCCAGUCCAUGAAGAGAAAACAUUUCUCUCGUAACACGAAAGCUCAAACGCUCAUGACUUGCACUCAUGUUAAUUCAUUUGACUUUAAAUUCAACUACUGUAUUCAUAAACAUGCAUACAGACCCAAAUGCAAUCAGUAAACAUGUUCUUAUGCACAGUGACUGACAUAAUAAAGGAUCACUCAUGCUGCCACACUGCCCUGGAGGUCAGCCUCAUCUCUGGAACAGACUGGUUUCAGUGGUCUGACGCUGAUUUACGUGUGGAUAAAUUACCCUCCCUGGCUUCAAAUGCAAGGAUGUUCAUAUUUUUUCUUUUUUUUUUUUUAAAUCACAGAAUCAUUUGGUUUUGUUUACUCUGCCAUGGAACUGGCACUAAACUGAAAAAGUUGAUUUUAGGCAUUUAGUGUGCAUAUGAGCCUGUGAACAUUUGUGUAGGAUUUUUGUAUGAUCAUGUGUUGUCAAGUUCGGUUUUGUGUGUGUGCGCGCGUGUGUUUGUGUGUGUGUGUGUGUGUGUGCCUGUGUGAAUGAGUGUGGGUGUGCAUACACUGAUGUGUACGCACUGUGCAAUAGUUUAUGGUGUGUUUCGUGUGAUUUGUUUUACUUGUCGUAGAUUCUCCUGAAUAGAAUGUAACUUUACCUACACAAAUGGAUUUUUGGGGUAACUUCAUGGGACAGUUUUAAGUCUUAAAGCUGAGUGACCACUACUGUUAAUUUUAAUUCCUAUUCUAGCGAGAAUCAUUGGUUUGCCUGUUUUUUUUGUUUUGUUUUGUUUUGCCAGCUUAGUCAUACUUUGCAGAACCAAAUAAACACUUAUGGGAGCAUUUGUUGUAUUUUCCAUGAUGAGAGGAAUGGAGUCUAAUGAAUAUAAUGAUGUAAUGAAUGAACUCAGUGAUUGAUUGUUGCCUUUAACUAAAUAAACACGGCUUUUCACCCCA